CUCCCGCCCACCGGUGCCCAACCAAAGAGGAGAGCGCAAAACUUGCUAACACGCCUGCGCGAGCGGACAUGCUCCGGAAGCAGUUUUUUGGCCCUGUGACACGUAGCAACGGGGCUGUUUCAGGGUCUGAAACAGAGUUUGGGGGUUGUUUGGGACUACUGAAGCUACUGCCUUCGCCGCCAGCGCAGCCUGAGAGUUUGGUGAGUGACCCAGGCCCGUGGCACACUAUUCAGCUUCUCUCCACACCUGUGCAAAUGGGCUUGUUGCGGUCUUUCGGCGCCGCGCCCUGGUCCUUUUCGCUCAGACCCUCGCUCCCGUUCAAGUCCUUGCCCUGACGCGGGCCCCUGCACCUCAGGCGCGACCUUCCAAGAUUCUGCACUUUCCUGGCAGGCUGCGGGCCUUAUUUUGCAAGGAAGCAGUCGCGUUGUCAGCUGUAAAGCCCUGUCCUAAGAUUAUUUGCAAUGUCAGGCUUUGAAAACUUAAACACGGAUUUCUACCAGACAAGUUACAGCAUCGAUGAUCAGUCACAGCAGUCCUAUGAUUAUGGAGGAAGUGGAGGACCCUAUAGCAAACAGUAUGCUGGCUAUGACUAUUCGCAGCAAGGCCGAUUUGUCCCUCCAGACAUGAUGCAGCCACAACAGCCAUACACUGGGCAGAUUUACCAGCCAACUCAGGCAUAUACUCCAGCUUCACCUCAGCCCUUCUAUGGAAACAGCUUUGAGGAUGAGCCACCUUUAUUAGAAGAGUUAGGUAUCAAUUUUGACCACAUCUGGCAAAAAACACUAACAGUAUUACAUCCAUUAAAAGUAGCAGAUGGCAGCAUCAUGAAUGAAACUGAUUUGGCAGGACCAAUGGUUUUUUGCCUUGCUUUUGGAGCCACAUUGCUACUGGCUGGCAAAAUCCAGUUUGGCUAUGUAUACGGGAUCAGUGCAAUCGGAUGUCUAGGAAUGUUUUGUUUAUUAAACUUAAUGAGUAUGACAGGUGUUUCAUUUGGUUGUGUGGCAAGUGUCCUUGGAUAUUGUCUUCUGCCUAUGAUCCUGCUUUCCAGCUUUGCAGUGAUAUUUUCUUUGCAAGGAAUGGUAGGAAUCAUUCUCACUGCUGGGAUUAUUGGAUGGUGUAGUUUUUCUGCUUCCAAAAUAUUUAUUUCUGCAUUAGCCAUGGAAGGACAGCAACUUUUAGUAGCAUAUCCUUGCGCUUUGUUAUAUGGAGUCUUUGCCCUGAUUUCUGUCUUUUGAAAAUUUAUCUGGGAUGUGAACAUCAGUGGGCCAAAUGUACAAAAAGGACCUUGAACUCUUAAAUUGGACCGGUGAACUGCUGCAGCGCAACUCUCAUGCAGAUUUACAUUUGACUGUUGGAGCAAUGAAAGUAAAUGUGUAUCUCUUGUUCAUUUUUAUAGAACUUUUGAAUACUGUAUUGGAUUUACCUGCAGUGUGACUAGCUUUAAAUGUUUGUGUUUAUACAAAUAAGAAAUGCUAAUUUUUUCUGGUUCCUGCAGCCUUUGAAAAACCUUUUUCCUUGCAAAUUAUAAUGUUUUUGAUAGAUUUUUAUCAACUGUGGGAAACCAAACACAAAGCUGAUAACCUUUCUUAAAAACAACCCAGUCACAGUAAAGAAGACACAAGACGGCCAGUCGCGGUGGCUCAUGCCUGUAAUCCCAGCACUUUGGGAGGCCAAGGUGGGCGGAUUGCGAGAUCAGGAGAUUGAGACCAUUCUGGUUAACACGGUGAAAACCCGUCUCUACUAAAAAUACAAAAAAUUAGCCGGGUAUGGUGGCAGGCGCCGGUAGUCCCAGCUACUCGGGAGGCUGAGGCAGGAGAAUAUUGUGAACUUGGGAGGCAGAGCUUGCAGUGAGCCGAGAUCGCACCACUGCACUCCGUCCAGCCUGGGCAACAGAGCGAGACUCCAUCUCAAAAAAAAAAAAAAAAAAAAAAAGACACAAGACUUACUGCAAAAAUAUUUUUCCAAGGAUUUAGGAAAGAAAAAUUGCCUUGUAUUCUCAAGUCAGGUACACUCAAAGGAGGAAAGUGAUCCAAAUGUAGAGUAUGAGUUUGCACUCCAAAAAUUUGACAUUACUAUAAAUUAUCUUGUGGAAUUUUUGCCAGAAUUCAGAGAUACAGGAAGUUCACAAUCUACCUUAUUGUAGACAUGAAAUGGGAACACUUACUUAGAUAUUAAUGUUAACUCAACCUGAGGGACCUGGAAUGGUUGCAUUAAUGCUAUAAUCGUUGGAUCUCCACAUUUCCCGAAAAGAAAAAAAAUCACUAACCUUUUUUAAGGGAAAUAUUUAAAGUUUUACAAAAUUCAGUAUUGCAGUUAUCAAUGUAAAGUACAUUUGAAUGCUUAUUAAUUAAAACUUUCCCAAUUAAUUUUAACUGUGUUACUGAGUUUACUUUUACUAAACUACUGUUCUCUUUUUUAACUAGUCUCUGGUUUUGACCCCUAAUUUAAGCUUUAAGGAUAGAAAUCAGCUAAUAUAGAAUCAGACAAAAAGGGUAUUAAAUGAGAAGCAGUUUGAGUUAUAUUAUUUUAUUGUAUUAAAUGUAUUUGAUUUAUAUUGUCAUGUUCUCUUGCCAGAGUGAGUCUAUAGGAAAAUACUGUAUCUUGCAUAUUGAUCAUUGGCUUUUUCUAGAAAAACUGCCUCUGAUUCUGGACAAAGCUCAGUUGUAGUUAUGAGAAAGAUAGGGUACAAGGAGGAAAAUACUGCUUUUUUUUUUUUUUUAAGAGAUUUGCAGACUAAAUAAAAAGAAAUGCCAAACUGAUGUAUCAGUGGUUCUUGUUUAGAACAAGUUUUCAAAGCAUAAAAAGAGGGUGAGAGAAAUAACAUAUUUAUUGAUUCACAUAAGUAUGUUUUUCUUCAUUCUUAAUCAUCUGGAGAAACUCACUUGUCAUUAAUUUGUUUUGGGCUAGAUUUUCAAACUUACCAAAUUGCUUUAGAAAAGCAAUUUGAUAGGCUUUCCAACUUAACUAAAUUUUUUAUUGUAAUUCUUGGAUAGUACUUUUGUCUUUUUCAAUUCAUUUGUCUUUUUCAAUAUAGUUUUUGUUAAGGCAAAUGUCUUCCGUUAAUAUCCAAAUAUUGCUAAUAAACGGUAGAAAUGCUUUGGAAAUUAAAAUUAUCUCGCUGUUGGUUAGACUUAAGACUUUUAAUCUUCAGCCAAAUACCCACAUAUGGAUCAAAUUAUUUUAUUUUUUGUUGUUUACUCUAUCCCCAACAACAUUUUUAGUUUAAGUUAUUGUAGAGAUUUUUUUUGUUGGUGGUAAUUUUUUAUUUUGCUCCAAAAUAAUAAGGUGCAAAGCUAUUUUAUGCUUAACUUGCUCUGUCAAAACAGCUAUGCAUUGGAGUUGGAAUUAAUGCAAAUUUUGUUCCAGAGUUGGAUUACAUGCAGAGUCAUAUAUAGCCAAAACUUCUCUUAUCAAACUCUGUUAUGUAGGCAUAUUUCUAUAUACAUUAAAGACUGCUGUACUGUGUGUCGAAAAGUACUAUGUGGCUUUUUUUUUUUUUUUUUUUUUUUUUUUUUUGUCUAUCAUUGGAAUAGAUUUGUUUCUUCAGUUAAGUACCAGGUAGAUUACCUGCUUUGCUUUAGGCCCAUUUUAUGCUAAAAGCAUAUGGGUAUCUUUAAACACUAGAGACACUCACCAUAACUAAAAACACAUCCAGUGAUUGUCACCGAGUAACUGAAACUCACUGUGGGAGUGACAGACUGACACAUGCCUUGUCUCCAAAUACUGUACUUGUCAGUGGAGUGGCAAGUUGGCUUAUACUAGUGUGUUACUCAUGCAUGUAUACAUGCCAAGAUCAUGUAGCUGACUUUACAUAUGGAGUAAACAUAUAUUUUAUGGCAUUGCUAUAAUACUUUGCUUAUCAAUGGGUAUUUUCAAGAGCUGUGUAACUAGGCUUAUGGAAAUAGACAUUCUUUUUCCAGAUGUAGUUAUGCAGAUAAUGUAAAGUUCUAGAAAUCUUAAGAUACUAUCCUUGGAUAGUGGCCACCUAAUCAAAGAGAGUUUUUUUAAAAUGUAUCUAAUGAUGUGAUUUGGGAUAGAAUUUAGCAUUGUACAUUUGGUAUUUUGCACAUUUAUAUUUUUAACCUUAAUAGGCAUUGCUAAACUCAGAUAUGCUCCAAAGUUGUCAGUUGUCUCUAAAGUUAAAAUCAUGCAAUUAUGCUUGCAGUACUUACUACCUACAGAAAAAGGGAGACUUUCUGAUGUAAAGUAUACACUAGAUUUCUUUCACAUAAAUGGAAGAAUUUUAAACUUUGGUUAAAGGGAAAUUGUACAAGUUAAAAUAUUACCCUAUAGAGAUGCUGUAUAUCGUGAAGAGUUAUGGGAAAUCAAGGCCACAUUUGCCAUGCUGUUAUAUAAAGCAGAUCUGAUGUAGUUACUCACACAAGUUGUUUCCCUUCGUUUGUGGAAAGAAAAAAGAAAAAAAUGUAUGUAUAUAGCAAGUAUUUAGCCUUUCAUAAAGUAGUAUGGAAAGUUUUCAAAACAAUAUAGCGGCUCUUAUUAUACAGAUUGUACAAUGAGGCAUAAUUACCAAAAAGUAGCACUGGGCCUUCCUUCAAAAUACUAUAUAGAGCAAACCUCCUACCCAAACAGUUCCUCAUGUUAAAGUUGCCAUCACAUGCUAUCCGCUGACUCAUUUUGUGACAUGUCAAAUUUCAACUGUUAUUUACUAGCAAAAACAUACAGCAGAUGAGUUAAAGAGAGUCUCUUUUUUUUUCUUCUUAGAGUGUAUUUAGGAUUUAGCGGAAGCAGUGUGCCAGUAACAAGGUAUCCAGGUUUAUUGGAAACGCCUAAAGGAAGAAUUGGUUCAUGUGCUUUAACAAAUACAUAAGAAUGAUCUGUCAUUAGCCUGCCAAGCAUACAGUGUUUGUUUUUAUACAGUGUAAAUAAAACAUAGCCUCAC